UUCUGAAAUACAUUAUACAUCGGGAUUGACAUUCUGCAGAUCUUGUGACUAUGGCAGGCAGGGGCAGAAUGAAACUAUGCAUUUUGCAAGUUUUAUACAUUUUAAAUCUGUGGCAUUCAAGUCAGGCUCAGGGACAUGUACCUGGGCAUGGGCUUGUGAAGGAGGAGAUUCCCAUUCAAUGCCCGAUUGGGGAUGAUAAAAUGAACAAUGCUAGAAUUAGUAUUCUAUAUACAUCUGGAGUGUUGAAUCAAAAUCCAGAUUACUCAGUUGCCCUUCUGUACCAGACCGAGGAAUGCUAUAAGUGUCCAUUAGUAGAGCGCUUGGUCAUUUUGAAUAAUUCUACAUCCUGUAAUAUUCUGAUUGACUCAAGAUGGAAUUCAAGGCUUGAGAUAAGACCUCUUCAUGAAGAGACUGUUAAACAAGAUCCAUCUUGCAAGGAGGAUAAUCUGAGUGAAAAGCUUCAUGAAAAUGGAACAUAUGAUUUAUAUGUGACCUUUACCCCCAAUGAUACUGGGGAUAAAGCUGUACCAGGCACUGUCAAAUGCAGGCAGUUGAUUCUAAAAAAUAUGCCUCCAGAUUCCUAUAUACCCAUAUAUGUUGCCAUAGGAUGUAUAGCUGGGGUCUCCAUUCUCAUAACUUUGGGAAAAUUGCUGUACAAGAAAAGGUGGUAUUGUUUGAACAGACUUUUUAUGACGACGGGGAAUGAGAGCCUUAUUAACCCAAAAAAGUCUGAUUCAAUAGAUGAUCGCCUUAGUGCCCCACUCAAACCCACCCCACGCGCGACCCUUAGGCAGCGUAAACCACCAAAAAAGCAGAAGCAAUCUGUUUUAAAUUCUGGUGGGGACUUGGGCGCUUACACGUCAGAAGACCUUGGGGUGAUGCAGACUACAAUUAACCCUGCCGAUGAACAAGACAGCCGUCCAAAGAAAGAAAGGCUCAAGUCUCUUGAUACAUUCAGAGGAAUAAGUCUGACUAUCAUGAACUUUGUGAACUAUGGGGGAGGCGGCUAUUGGUUUUUUGACCAUUCCGAUUGGAAUGGUGUAACUGUUGCUGACCUUGUGUUUCCAUGGUUCAUAUGGAUAAUGGGAACUGCUAUGGCAUAUUCAUUCACUGGCAUGCUUAGAAGAGUCACUCCUAAACAUAAGAUAUUCUGGAAAAUCUUCAAGAGGAGCUGUAUCCUGUUUGUGCUGGGAUUACUGGUCAACACAGGCGGCUGUGAUCCUACUCGUCUGACACAUCUGAGGAUUCCUGGGGUACUUCAGAGGUUCGCAGGAACGUACCUCGUGGUGGCUUCUAUUCACAUGUUUUUUGCUAAAACAGUUGAUGUCAGCAUGUACACAUACUGGGGCUUUAUUCGAGACAUUGUGGAUUUCUGGCUGGAGUGGAUUCUUCACAUUGUUUUUGUGACUGUGCAUAUCAUUAUCACUUUUACAUUGGAUGUGCCAGGAUGUGGCAAAGGAUACAUAGGUCCUGGUGGUCUUCAUGAAGCUGUAAAUAGUACAGAAGCUAGUGUGUACCAGAACUGCACAGGGGGAGCCGCUGGCUAUAUAGACAGGCAGGUGUUUGGGGACGAUCACAUUUACCAAAGUCCCACUUGCAAGCCUAUUUACAAGACAACGGUGCCUUAUGACCCAGAGGGACUUUUAGGAACUUUGAAUUCUGUAUUUAUGUGUUACCUAGGAUUACAAGCAGGUAAAAUUUUAAUGACAUUCAAGGAGCCCUCGGCCAGGGUCAAACGGUUCCUGAUAUGGGGGUUAUUUUUGUGUUUAAUUGCCGGUGCAUUGUGUGGAUUCAAGAAAGAUGGAGGAACAAUUCCUUUGAAUAAGAAUUUAUGGUCCCUGUCCUUUGUGCUAUGUAUGGCAGGGUUUGCAUUUGUCUUGUUGGCAUUCUGUUAUGUGACCAUUGAUGUGUAUAAAGUGUGGAGUGGUGCUCCUUUCUAUUUCCCAGGUAUGAAUCCCAUUGUGUUGUACAUGGGACAUGAAGUUUUACAUCGUCAUUUUCCAAUCAGCUGGGAGGUAUCACAGUAUCAUUACUCCCUGCUUUCUAUGGACCUAUGGGGGACAGUUUUCUGGGUGCUUGUAGGGCUAGUGCUGUACAAGAAAAGAAUUUUCAUCACUGUGUGACCUACACUGUGUUAACUACAUGAAAUUUUCAUGUAUUCUUAUUUUUCUCCAAUACAAAACAUGAUAUUGUGCCAAACUUACAGGAUAAUUAGCACAUAGUUGUUUAAGUUACAUGUAAAUCUCUGAUUACACAAUCAAAUGGUUGGAUAUAUGUUUCACUUAAUUCAUGGUUUCUCAUAUAUCUGUUGGUACAUGUUUUACAUAUUAUUAAUGUUAUUUUAUAUAAUUGUUGGAUGAUACAAUUAAAGGGAUUUUUUUGUAAUUGUUUGAUAACAUAAUUAUAAAUGGAUUACAUGUAACUGUUUAAAAUUUAUGGGAUUACAUCUAAUCAUUUAAAAUUAAUGGGAUUACAGGUAAUUGUUCUGAUGAUACAUAAUUCUGUUGUACAUUAUUUAUGAUAUUUCAUGUUGAAACAACACAAAGUAAAUUGGAUUGCAUGUAAAUGUUUGAUAACAUAACUAAUGGGGUUACUGUAAUUGGAUGUUUACAUUACACAUAAUUCAUGUUAUAAUAGUGAUUAUAAAUUCUUACAGGUUUAAUAUAAUUCAUGAGAUUAUGUAAUUGUCAUGAUUACUUAUAUAAUUUAUGGUGCCUUGUUAUUUUUAGGGUAACUUAUACUUUAUCAGAUUACAUGUAAUCAUCGGGUAAACACGUGAUUUGUGAGGGAAGAUCACAUGUUAUCAUGAAAUUAUGGGGUUUAUUAGCAAAUAUUUAUAAUUACUUAUUGUCUAACUAUUUAUGCUGUAAAAAAAAUGAUCCAAAAAGUAAUUUGCAGAAAAUGUAUUCUAGUCCAACAUUGAAAAUUAAUUUUUAUGUGAACACUUUGAACACUUGUUUCAAGUCUGCAGUACAAUGAGGACACUUAAUUGUUUCUUCUCGGUGGUAUUUUUUUUACCGGUUACAUUAACUGAUUUAUAUUGUUCUUGAAGUCUUAUUAUUUUUCAUGAGAUAAGUAUAUAUAUAUAAUUGUUUCUAUGCAUGCAUAUUGACUGUGUAUUGCACAUUGUAUACUUGUACAUUUUAUAUAGAACUGCUCUAUGCAAAAAAAAACCUAAAUCCUCAAUACAACCCCCCCCCCACC